UUACCCUGUUCUGGUUCAGACCUAAGCCCAGGCCCACCCUCCGUCGCGUUUAUCUACUCCCUGCUCCCAAGCCUCCCCAACCCCGUCCUUUCCCAAGGGAAUCCGAUUCCUCUGCAACUUGUCUCUCACCUGUUGGCUGUUUCUUCCUUCGCCACCUCAUUAUGCUAAUCCCCUACGUUAGAGCUAUAGGACAUUAGCCAUUUACCCUCACUGAAAACGCCGUUGCUCACGUGGCAAUAUCUCCGAACGUGCGCUGACGUCAUCCUGUGGACCUGACAAAACUCCGUUAUUCUCGUGUCUUCCCUCUCACGCAAGACCUUAUAAGUUUGUACCCUCUCCUUCCUCUUGAUAUCAUCCCCUGCUCCUUCCACACGUCCUGACAAUUAAACGUACACAUCCACAGCGCCCAUUUCCUUUCCUUUUUAUCUUUAUCUUUGUAAAGAAAAGGAACUGAACAUGAGCUGUAGUGUUGUUUCUAGUUAUCGAAUCUGAUGAGGAAGAAGCUUAAUUGGAGCCGUUUGAUCGUCCGCCAACUGUACGACUUCUUUCAUGCAGUGCCUUAUGGAAUCCCUUACUUUAAGCUGAUGCCACUCCUGCCUUUGGUGCUGCCGUCGGCCACUGCACAAACUGGUACGAUGUCGUCAAACAAUCCGUAUGGCAUCGACGCUAAUUUUAAUCCUUCAAUGACCAUCAUAAUAGUGGUCCUAGUCUUGGCCUUCUUCUUCAUGGGCUUGCUUUCUGUGUACAUCCGCCAGUGCACGGAGAGCCGUAUCACCGGCAGCGCGCGUCCGGCCGCCGCCAUAAACAGCGGAAACACCACCCAGGGACUGGAUGCUGCCUUGAUUCAAGCAUUUCCAGUUUUUGUGUACUCUUCAGUGAAAGAUCUCAAGAUCGGCAAGGGAACGCUGGAGUGCGCAGUGUGCUUAAGCGAGUUCGAAGAUGAGGAGACGCUUCGCUUGUUGCCCAAGUGCGAUCACGUCUUUCAUCCUAAUUGUAUCGAUGCUUGGUUAGCUUUCCACACAACAUGUCCUGUUUGCCGAGCUAAUCUCACGCUGGAUUCUGGGGAACUCUCCGGGAGUAUGGCAGUCACACCUAACUCAAGCGACUCGUCCGACGAGCCAACUUCUACAUCAGAACUCACUGAGUUAACUCAAGUUCCGAUCGACGUUGACGAAGAGCAAACCAGAGAUUCCCGAGUGCUUCUGAUGGUAAACACUAGAGAGAGUCCGCAAGCGAAGUUUCCGAGAUCGCAUUCCACCGGUCACUUACCGGUUCAAGCGGGAGAGAGCAGCGAGAGGCAUACGCUGAGGUUGCCGGAGGAGGUGAGGAAACAGAUCUUGAGCGCUAAGCUUAGACGAACGUCGAGCUCUGUCGAGGCUUUGCAGAGGCAGUGGAGCUCGAGGAGAGGUUACCGGAGUGGUGGAGAGGGCAGUAGCAGGGGAAGGAGCAACGUGGACCGCCAAGUCGGCCGGUCCGAACGAACCGCACGGUCGGACCGGUGGGUAUUUUCUAAGGCACCGCCAUUCUUCUCCAGGACCGUUUCCGGCAAGUCGAUAAAGAGUGCAGCUGACGGCGACGUAACGUCAAUGGUGGCGCCUUCCAAGUCGUUUUUCACGUCCGUCGUAGGACCGUUAGAUUGUCUGGCCGUGAAAAUGGAGGGAGGGGAACAGCAACUGAGUAGACCUGCCGUUUGAUUGGUGGUAAACAAAUAUAAUUACUUUCAUUAAUUGAAUUUGAGGGCCGUAAAUUAGAAAGGGCAGUACACCUGUGCCAAAUCAUAAUAAUGUGAACUUAAGUCCCUAAACUUUAUUAGUAUUUAAUAUAGAUUGUAAUUAAGAUUUAAUAUAAUAUGGUUUUGUUCGUGACCUUGGGUAAA